AUGGCUGACUCGCCAGAGACGGCGAGGUCGCGAGACAAGGUCCAUCACACCGUGACAGCGUGUGUGCGAUGCAGGCAGAGGAAAACCCGAUGCGACCCAACCUUGCCCCGUUGUGAACCGUGUGAAAGAAGCAAUGCCCAUUGCGAAUACUACGAUUCGGUCAAGAACAAGACGAUUCCUCGCACCUAUAUUACCUCCCUGCAAGAAACCGUCCGCAGGUUGAACGACGAACUCAAGUCGCUGCAGAAGGAGAAUGAGAAAGAGGAAGAGUAUGAACCGGACCACGAGGCCAUGGCUCGGGCUGCUGGCCUGGUCAAGUUCAGCGAGAGCGACGACUGUCGCUUCCUGGGGCCUUCCAGCGGGAUCGCCAUCACGCGCUUUGUUAUGGAAUUCGCAAAGCAGAAUUCGGCCAAGAGGAGCAUUCAAGACGUCGUCCCCCAUCGUGCCGCGCAAGAGAUCAAGCAGAAGUUCGACGACGAGAGUAGUAAACCCACGUCCAAAGUCUACCCCCUGAUCAGCUCCGUGGCUGCACCGGACCUGCCGAAUCGUGAACUCAUGGAUCGCCUGGUCGAUAUCUACAUGGUGAAGGCUCAAUAUAUGCUCCCGUUGUUGCACGAGCCCACUUUCCGCCGGGAAUUGCAAGACGUCUACGCGGGUGUGACGGACCCGACACUCAACUUCCAAGUGCGCAUGGUCAUCGCGAUCAGUAUGCAAAAGCUGGACACGCAGUACGCCGGUCUUGCUGAUAGCUAUUACCUGGCUGCUCUUCCAUUUCUGACUGGGGCGGUUCGAAAGAUGGACCUCUCUACGUUGCAAUGUUUUGCCUUGAUCGCCCAGUAUUCGCUGCUCACACCAACGAGAACAGCAGCAUACUGGGUUGUGGGCAUAGCUGCGAAACUGUGUCAGGAAUUGGGACUGUGCGAAGAAGAAACGAUCCAAAGACCGCCGUCAGGGGCACGACCGAAUGCUCUCGAGGUCGAUAUGCGACGACGUCUGUUUUGGAUCAUUACUUCCAUGGAAUACGGCCUGUCUCACAGCCUGGGGAGACCGAGCGCGUUCGCAGUCACAGUCGACAACAUCAAUGUCAAUUUCUUCGAGCUUUGCGACGACCGGUUCGUUACCGCCGAUGGACUCCUCCCCGGACAUCAUCCCAUCAUGAAAAAGUGCAUUUCCAUCCAUUUCUUCAGGAUGCGUCUUUUGCAGGCGGAGAUCAGACGGACUUUAUAUCUCCGAAAGCGAGAAUCCCCCGUUUCGGAUACUGACCCUUGGUUCGGCAUGAUGUUGAACAAGAUUGACGAUUGGGUUCGAGACUGUCCCAAGAACGAUGAAGGCUCUGGGUUGAGCGAGAGUUGGUUCAUCGGAAGAAAAAAUACCAUGAUAGUAUUCAUGUAUCGUCCCUCACCUCAAAUUCCCAAUCCAUCAUUUGAAGCCGCCCACCGAUGCUAUGUAGCGGCGGUGUUCAACAUCCAGCUCCAGAAACGCCAGGUGGAAGCACGUCUCAUUGACAUCACCUGGAUCUUUACCCAAGCCAUAUUCAUGGCUCUCAACACCGUUCUCUGGUCUGUCUCAUACCCCGGAAUCCGCCAACAGCAUACAAUCGAGGAAGUCCAACGCCAUAUCCAAGAUGCCUUGACAGCCAUUGACCUAUGCGCAGACCGAUGGCCUGGCGUCAGGUCGGCGCAGCAACUUUACGAAAACCUCGUUCUCGGAUGUCUGAAGGCGUAUGAUGUCGACAAGGUCGCGGAAUCUCCACAAUCGGACUAUGUCUCGUCGACCACCCAAGACGUGAGUUCUACAACAUCACAGUUCGCAAACAGUCCGGCGAGCACGGCCAACACCUCCCUUUACGGCGCACAGUCGCCUCCAUCCAUCCACAGCGCCCAGGCAGCCACCAACAACUUUAAGAAUGCCGGAGCGAACUUCAAUGAGCAUAUAAACCAACCCUUCCAUCACCAGCAGCAUCAUCACCAUCGAUCGCGCACGCCGCCAGCAUCCACGACGACCAGCGACGCCAACAUACAGCCACAAACAUCAACUGCCACCAGCCAGCCACCAGCACCAAGUGGCCAGUACAUGACAAGCUCAGUGCCACGAACAGACAUGCAUUCUCUGCACUACAGUCUUCCCGGCUUUGACCCGCACAGUAUGGCCGGCGGCGAAUACAUCCCCCCGGGCGCAAAAGGACCCAGCUCCACCUCCAGCUCCAACCAGUGGACCAGUACCAGUGCUCCCAUGAUGCCCGGGAUCAUCCCCGGCCUAACCGGCUCGCCGGACAUGAACUACGACGAUCUGCCAUACCUGGCCACCCUCGGCCAGGAGUAUUCGCAGUACAUGCAGCAGUCUUACUCGUCGACAUACCGAUUGCCAUCUCUGAGUGAAGAGCAGCAAAUGGAACUCAUGGCGUCUUUGGAGCAGAGCCAGCUGCCGGACGUGUCAGGUCUCGUCAGCGAUGCCACCACUUUUUACUCUGCGCAAUUGCCCUGA